AUGGCAGAGCCACAGCAGCAGCCUCUCCCCAUGGAUCUGCAGCAAGCAGCCUGCUCGGGUCCUCUGAAGAAGAGACCCCGACAGACGGAUGCCCCGGUGGCCUCCACUCCUCACAACAUCAAGUUUCAAGAUUUGGUCCUCUUCAUUUUGGAGAAGAAAAUGGGAACCACCCGCAGAACGUUCCUCAUGGAGUUGGCCCGAAGGAAGGGAUUCAGGGUUGAAAACGAACUCAGUGAUUCCGUCACCCACAUUGUGGCUGAAAACAACUCUGGUUCAGAUGUCCUGGAGUGGCUUCAGGUACAGAAAAUAAAAGCCAGUUCACAACUUGAACUCCUUGACGUCUCCUGGCUGAUAGAAUGUAUGGGAGCAGGAAAACCCGUGGAAAUGACAGGAAAGCACCAGCUUGUUGUGGAAAGAGGCUUUUCAGCUAGUCCUGACCCAGGCCACCAGAUGACUCUACCACUUCCUGUAAAAAAGAUCUCCCCAUAUUCAUGCCAGAGAAGAACCACUUUAAACAACCAGAACCAAAUAUUCACGGAUGCCUUUGAGGUAUUGGCUGAAGAUUGUGAAUUUAGAGAAAAUGAAAUGUCUUAUCUGGUAUUUGCGAGAGCGGCUUCUGUGCUGAAAUCUCUUCCAUUCACAAUCAUCAGUGUGAAGGAAACAGAAGGAAUUCCUUGGCUGCAGGGCAAGGCGAGGUGUGUCAUAGAGGAAAUUAUUGAAGAUGGAGAAAGUUCUGAAGUUAACGCUGUGUUAAAUAAUGAACGAUAUAAGUCCUUCAAACUCUUUACUUCUAUAUUUGGAGUGGGAUUAAAGACAUCUGAGAAAUGGUUCAGGAUGGGCUUCAGAACUCUGAGUCAAAUACAGUCGAACAAAAGCCUGAAAUUCACACACAUGCAGAAAGCAGGGUUCCUCUACUAUGAAGAUCUCGUCAGCCGUGUGGCCAGGGCAGAAGCAGAGGCUGUCAGCCUGCUGGUUCAAGAGGCCGUCUGGGCCUUUCUGCCGGAUGCCAUCAUCACCAUGACCGGAGGAUUCCGGAGAGGUAAGAACGUUGGACAUGAUGUAGAUUUUUUAAUUACCAGCCCAGAAUCAACAGAAGAUGAAGAACAACUUUUACCUAAAGUGAUAAACUUAUGGGAAAAGGAGGGAUUACUUUUAUACUGUGACCUUGUGGAGUCAACAUUUGAAAAGUUCAGAAUACCUAGCAGGAAUGUAGAUACUUUAGAUCAUUUUCAAAAAUGCUUUCUGAUUUUAAAAUUGCCCUAUGAGCGGGUGGAUAGUGCCAAGUCCAGUCAGCAGGAAGGAAAGACCUGGAAGGCCAUCCGUGUGGACCUUGUCAUGUGUCCCUACCAGUGCUACGCCUUUGCCCUGCUGGGAUGGACUGGCUCCCGGCAGUUUGAGAGGGACAUCCGGCGCUACGCCUCGCACGAGAGGAAGAUGAUACUGGAUAACCACGCUCUAUAUGACAAGACCGAGAGGAUGUUUCUCCCAGCAGAAAGUGAAGAAGAAAUUUUUGCACAUUUGGGAUUGGAUUACAUUGAACCAUGGGAAAGAAAUGCCUAGAAAAGAGUCGUGGCUAUUUUCUUCUGCUU